AUGCUCGGCCGCAUUCUACUCACCGUUGAUGCCGUGGGCCUCAUACUCGGCGCCGCCAUAGCCGACAUGAGCGAGACGCACAUGUACAACCCCAACUGGCGCCCUCAUGCCAAAUUCCAUAAUGCCCAGACGAUCCAGCUCUCCGUGCUCCUCGGCCUCGUGACGCUCUACUACACCUGGCGGCCACGGCCACCUACGCCCCAGCAGCGUCGCGAAUAUACCAAGAUCCGCGCGUUCGCGGGAUCCGUGUACUGGCUCACGGGCCUGACGGCCCUCUUGUUCCCCGGCACGAUGGGGCUCGAUCCGGAGUUCGGAGGGCCCGGGUUCCCGCAGGGGGGAUCUUUGUGGGAUUCAUGA